AUGAGCAUGGUUGAAGGGAAACAAGUUAUUUCACGGCAAGAGUUGGCAGUGAUGACCCAAGAUUUCAGGGACGGCAAACCCGACGCCCGAAAGUUCAUCAUCAUUGAUAACAAGUUGUAUGAUGUGACCGAAUUUGUGGAGGAUCAUCCUGGUGGUGCUGCUGUAUUGAUGACUCAUGUGGGCAAAGAUGCUUCGGAUGUCUUUCAUGCCAUGCAUCCCGAAUCUGCUUAUGAGAUCUUGGCCAACUAUUAUGCCGGUGAUUUAGAAGAGCAACAACAGCUGCCAUCCGAUCAUGAACAACAACAAACGGAUGGACCUAACGCCAACUCGGCUGCUUUCGCCACUGAAAUGCGUGAACUCCGUGAUCGGCUUAAGCGAGAAGGCUACUUUAACGCUAGCGGCUUGUUUUAUACUUACAAGGUUGUCUCCACAUUGGGUCUAUGUGCAGCUGCUUUUGUCAUUUUGUAUCUAUGGGGCAAGACUUCGACCCUGGCGGUAAUUGCAGCUGGUCUGCUGGUGGGUCUCUUUUGGCAACAAUGUGGUUGGUUGGCCCAUGACUUUGGACAUCAUCAAUGCUUUGGCGAUCGACAAUGGAACGAUGUCAUGGUGGUCUUUUUGGGUGACUUUUGUCAAGGCUUUUCAUUAUCGUGGUGGAAAAACAAGCACAACACGCAUCACGCAAGCACCAAUGUACAUGGCCAUGAUCCCGAUAUUGACACUGCCCCUGUUCUCCUUUGGGAUGAAUUCGCUUCCGCCAACUAUUAUGGAUCCCUUGAUGCUGAACCUGGUACCAUGUCUCGCUUCUUUGCUGAAAGCGUCUUGCCCUAUCAAACUCGCUACUUCUUUUUCAUCCUUGCAUUUGCACGUUUGUCAUGGGCCAUUCAAUCCUUGUUGUAUAUCCUCAACGAAGGCUCUCUCAGCAAAUCCAAGCGUCUCACGGUCUUUGAAUCGGGCUCUCUCAUUGCACACUGGUUGAUCUUUACAGCUGCUACCAUUGCUUGGAUCGAUAACAUUCGCAACAUGCUUCUCUUUUUCCUUGUCAGCCAAACCACCACCGGCUAUUUGUUGGCCCUUGUGUUCGCCUUGAAUCAUAAUGGUAUGCCCGUCAUCAGCCAAGAGAAGGCUGAGAAUAUGGAAUUCUACGAGAUCCAAGUUAUUACUGGUCGUGAUGUAUCAAUGGGUCCCAUGGGCGAUUGGUUUAUGGGAGGACUCAACUACCAAAUCGAGCACCAUGUAUUCCCGAGUAUGCCGAGACAUAGCCUUUCCAAGGUCAAGCCUAUGGUCAAAUCGCUUUGCAAAAAGUACAACAUUAGUUACCACGACACCUCGUUCUUGAAGGGAACCAUGGAGGUGUUGAGCACCCUAGAAAUCGUCCAAAAGAUGUCCCUGAAAUUGAGCAAGAAGGCUUUCUAA